AUGCGCUCCAACACCACCUCCUUGGCGGCCGGCUGGGGGGGCAGAGACACACCUGAGAAGGCCGGUGGGUACUCCACGGCUCCACCUGGUGCACGUGGGAAGGAGGUUGUGCACAGGGGGAAGGAGGUUGUGGACAGGGGGAAGGAGGUUGUGGACAGGGGGAAGGAGGUUGUGGACAGGGGGAAGGAGGUUGUGGACAGGGGGAAGGAGGUUGUGGACAGGGGGAAGGAGGUUGUGGACAGGGGGGAGGAGGUUGUGGAGAGGGGGAAGGAGGUUAUGGACAGGGGGAAGGAGGUUGUGGACAGGGGGAAGGAGGUUGUGGACAGGGGGAAGGAGGUUGUGGACAGGGGGGAGGAGGUUGUGGAGAGGGGGAAGGAGGUUAUGGACAGGGGGAAGGAGGUUGUGGACAGGGGGAAGGAGGUUGUGGACAGGGGGGAGGAGGUUGUGGACAGGGGGAAGGAGGUUGUGGACAGGGGGGAGGAGGUUGUGGACAGGGGGAAGGAGGUUGUGGACAGGGGGGAGGAGGGGGAGGAGGUUGUGGACAGGGGGAAGGAGGUUGUGGACAGGGGGGAGGAGGUUGUGGACAGGGGGAAGGAGGUUGUGGACAGGGGGGAGGAGGUUGUGGACAGGGGGAAGGAGGUUGUGGACAGGGGGGAGGAGGUUGUGGACAGGGGGAAGGAGGUUGUGGACAGGGGGAAGGAGGUUGUGGACAGGGGGGAGGAGGUUGUGGACAGGGGGAAGGAGGUUGUGGACAGGGGGGAGUAG